AUGUCUUACAAUGGCUCGUACCUCUCGUCCCCUGACACGCCAUCCACUGUCUUCCCCGAGCGACUUAUUCGACCUCUUCCUCGACGAUCCCUCAAAUCUCGUCUGUCUCAAGAGGCCGUGGAGGCCAUUACAUAUCCUCCAACCCUGCCUUCGACAAGCCUCCCCACUUACACACACUAUGGUGAGAACGGCGAGUUUAUGAAUCAGAGUAAGGUGAUACUGUCAAACCACAGCGAUGGCUACGACCAUGACCACCACCAUGACCACUACGAUGACGAUCAUGACCAUGACCAUUGCCCGCACCACCACCAUCACCAUCACCACCAUCACUGCCAUCAUGAUGAAGAUGAUGACGAACUAGACUCUGGUGAUGACUCGUUGGGUCCUGUUCGCCACUCAACCUCAUAUCGCAGUUCUCCAAAUUCUCCCAGAUCUUCAAGAGCGACAAAGUAUGGCACUAAAAAUGCUGGGUCUGGUCCAGAUGGCUACGAAGCCUUUGAAAACACGAACAAUAAAAAGAAACGGAAAAUCCCGACAUCUGGAAGUCUGAGCUUGCAUCACUCAUCUUUAACAAACGACCUUGCACACUUGGGCAUCAACGGAGGGAAGAACGGAGCAUCUGAUGAUGCAUAUUAUGCCUCAACUCACUCUGGGAGUGCUUCUGGCCUCGGUGUACAAGGCGCUGGCAGGGGCCGGAACAGUAGAAAACUACCAGGUCGAAAUCCCUUGGGCGUAUCAGUUAAUGGCACGAAUGUUCGCACUGGAUCGUCUAAGUAUGACCAGAACAUGAGCACCAAUGCCAGGGCUGAAGAAUCGAAAGACCAAGGGAUCAUUUCUGCCGCCAUCGCCAAUGCCACAGCCCUUCUCCGCAAACCUCUAAGCAAAGGUCAGGAGAAUGUCGGGGUGUUGGAUCAACAAGCCAAACCUGCCCCUACGAACUCACAAUUCACCUUUACUUGUGAGACCGAGGCAAAGGGAGUUACCUUCCCCGAACAAAGUCUCUAUUCGCCAGGAUAUAAUCAGCGAGCCAACAAUCUUGCACACACUUCACAAACUGUCGCCAAUCAAAAGCACUCGACACAAACCACCCAAACGGGUCCCAAUAUUGCUUCUCAGAGUGGACAGCAAGCCGGCACAGCAGCUCCCGCGGCAGGCAACAGUAAUGCGCAAGGCAAGAAGCCUCGAAGGCGAAGAGGGGAUGUGUAUGCUCUUGCAGCUCGGCAAAGGAAGCUUCAGCAGGAGUACAACAAUCUUCAACACCCUCCAGCCCCCGAAGACAUCUGGAUUUGUGAGUUCUGCGAAUAUGAAAGUAUUUUUGGUCAGCCACCACAUGCUUUGAUUCGACAGUAUGAAAUCAAGGAUCGGAAGGAACGUCGUCGACUGGCAGAAAAAAGGAGAUUGCUAGAGAAAGCUAAGUUGAAGGGAAGAAAGGGCAAGAAGCAGAGCAAGAAUGCCACCAAGGCCGCAACACAAGCGGCUCCAGUUCAUCAACCAGCGCACGACAGUCAAUAUAUGGAUCAGUUGGGAGAUGAUGAGUUGGACUAUGGUUAUGACGACGACCCGAUCCCGAUGCCUGCUCCACCUACACAAACAUCUGGAAAGCAGCAGCCGAUGCCAGGCACUUACAAUACCACCGCCGGCAAAACAGCAGGCGGAGGGCCUGGAGGCGGAGCGGUACGAUGA